CCGCGCCUGCGCCCGAGCCGCGCGCGCAGCGCUCCGCCAACCUCAGCCACAUCACCGGCACCUCGCGCACCAUACAGAUGUUCCUCAAGAACCGCUACCUGCAACUCAUGCCCGACGGCACCGUCAACGGCACCACAGACGGCAACAGCGUUUACACAAUUCUUCAACGCGCUACGUACAGGGUUGGCCUCCUGACGAUCCAGGGGGUGUCUACAUGUCUCUACCUCUGCAUGGAUGCCUGCGGGUUCCAGUACGCACAUAAGGAUCUCUCAGAAGAUUGCGUUUUCGAAGAGCAUAUAGAGGAAAACAACUAUAACACCUACUCCAGGAUACGCGCUGGGAAGAAAACUUACUUGGCACUAGACAACCGGGGAAAGGCGAGAAGAACUCAGAUACCCGUGGGGCGGCCGCUUGGCAACCUGUCGACCUACGCGCUCACCCUCACCAGGCGGUGGGAGGGACCCAAACAGACGCAGUGCCCGCCGCGGCGUCACCGCGGCAAACUCAAGAGUCCUCCAAAAUUCCGCAGGAACUGCCAAGUGCGCGCCCGGAAGCAAAAUAUGAGGCACAAAAGAAAGCACAAGAAGGCUAACGAUCCGAAGAAAAAGAGGCAUCCGAAAACGCGGAGAAAACACGACAACGGGACGACGACGACGACGGAGACCAGUUGGGACGAGUCGACCAUGUCGACCAUGUCAACGACUGACGUGGAGUUUUUUCGGUCAGCGACCGCACAGGAGGCGGUCGGUCGCGCGUGAGCCGCUCGCUGGUCGCGCUAGGAGCAGCCGUCGCGCUCGUACACUAGCACCGUUCCACACUUACACGUGCAACAAUCUCUAUAGCAUUCCUAUACAGUGCCAUUCUGCAUCCACCGUGAUGGGAUAGCGCGCCAAUUUACAUACGACAAAGUAGCAUUGCUCUCUCAGAUGAGUUGUGGUCCCGGAGUCCGCAAACUCUGAAUUUCUUCUCGUUGAUUCCAACGGCGACCGCGCGAGCUCUACGUCGUCGUAGCUAGAGCUGAGAAGGUCUCCAUUUCUUUUCUUGUAGUGAUGUAAUAAUUAAAAUACUCAUCUAUUUAUGAGUCAAUGAACAAAGCGAAGGCGAUAUACCUAGCCCUUAAAGUCGAUACAUGUAACAAUAAAACAAAUGAUAUAAUUCUACCAAAGCUGCUGAAAUUAUCUAUCUCAAUUUAUAUUCCUAGUUCGCUUUAAAUCGUAGGUUUAUCGGCAAGAUUCCAAUUGUCUUAGUUACUGUUACUUAUCGUGAAAUUAUUAUUGUAGAUGAUAACUUUUUCAUUCUUUAAUGAAUAAUGAAAGUUUUUUGUUUAAAGAGUUGAGAUUAUCGUUGGGUAAGGUGGAACUGUGUUAGAUGAUGGCAAAAGAUUCCCGAUAGUGUCAAUGUCAUGCGCGUUGCCAACUGACAAGUUGGGCAUUUACCGUUCCUUACAACACUCUUUUUAGUCUAAAGAGUGUACAUCGUAACCUAAAUGAACGGUGAUAUAAAACGACGCGACACUCUCUUAUAAUUAUGUUCCGGAUCCAUUUCUCCGCCAACCUCUAAGAUUUCUAUUUAAUUAGCUUAAGUGAUUCGUUAAUGGACAUGAUAGCAGUUGCCCGAUUCCGAUACCGUCGAAAAUCCAUUUAUCGACAUCGAACAUCUUAAAUGCUUGUAAUUUUUCACGUUUACAAAGUGCCCUCUAAAAUUCGUAUUCAAAUUAAGAUAUUAUAAUUCUAACUCUUUUAAUUACUACCGCUGUGAACAUGGCAUUAUGGUAGGAAAAUUAAAGAAGAUUUCUGUACGAAAAUUGAUGUUCGAUUAGACCAAUUGACACUAGCGGGGAUCCCGAAACGCUUUUGUACUUAGACAGGUGUGUCGAGGUGUAAAAUAAGAAAUUGACUGAAAAUAUUGGACUGAGUAAUGUAGGUAAAGUUGGUUUCGGUCUAGGCUAUGAUAGGAUAAAGGAAGUGCGGCGGACGGCAUGCCUCUGUAUUCUAUUCUAAGUUAUAACGCGGGAAGGAGAGUGGCCCUGCGGCGCAAAGCCAACGGUAAGAGUGCUGGUAGGACUCCCGCAAGUGGGCAGUAUCUGGAGACUACGCGUAAUGAGUUGGCUGCUAGCCAUGCUGAGGUUACACUAAUUGACAAUGGGUCACAGCCUAGCAACUAGCUGCGGCAGCUGCUGCAAGGCCACUCACCUUCGCGCGUUUCAAAUGUAGUGAUAAACAUUAACGACGAAGUGACUAUUAGUAGGUAAUUCUAAAACGUGUAUCUAAUUUGUAAAUUAUUUAUUUUAUUUUCCAUAGAGAAAGUCGUAUUUUGUUAACGUUUUAGUUGAUGUUUUUUUUUUUAUUCUCUUGUCCCCUCUAGUUCCAACCGAUGUAGAUAUGUAGGAUUUCAUACGCUUGUAUUUUUAGUGAGCCAAUUUUAAUUUGUAUUAUAUUUUUAAGUCCGUUCGGUAACAAUAUGUGCUUUGUAUGCGGUUUGUAUAGAGUAUGGAUGCAAAUAUUGUGAUUGAAUGGAUUUUAAUACGCGACUACAUUCUCUUAUAGUAAUGUCCCUCGCAUUCUGAUUGUGCGCAGCUACUGAGCGCUCUUGGAUAUCGUCAGCGAACAGAUCCUUGUCCAAUAAUUCCCUGCAGAGAUAUCGUGUAUCUAAUCUGAGUAACUCCUUUUACAGGUAGCACUAACAGUAAAUCUGUACCAUUUGUCGGAAUAGUGCUAUCGUAAUUUGGAAAGGAGAAUGCGAGAUUGUACAUGAGGCGUGGGGCCGCGCAGUGUCUCAUCUUGCGCACGCCUUCGGUACAAACUGGACUGUUAAAUUAAUAUUUAGACACUAUUUUUCUUUGAAAGAAACUACUUACAACAUUAUCAUAUAUAGACUAGAGAGACUAUAUAUGAAGUAUACUGCAUCUGCAUGUCCCAUCGAUGUUCGCUGAUGACAUUUAUUCAAGAGCUUUGUGAAUAUUUGCAACAAGCUUUAUGGAUGUACCUACGUAUGAUAGACGAAUGAUAUUUUGAAUUUAUUUAUGUAUGUAUAUAAUAUAAUAAGUGUCUCGUGAAAGCGACAUAAAAUCUGUACUCGAGGAAGCAUUUAUUCAACGUAAAUCUUUGUAACAAUGUGUCACGGUUCCGCGAGAGUACCGAUUUAAUGUCUAUUUCGAAUAAAUGUAAUAAAUUAUUCGAUUCUCGGAUUUGUUAAUAUAAUACUUGUCUCGUUAUUGAAUUAUAAAUGGAAUACCAAUCGAUCUUUAUGUUAGUGUAGAAGCAGUAUUUCGAUAUUGUAAAAACGGUUCGCCGUUACAAUAUCUAGUUUUGUAGUUUUAUAUUGAGUAGAGAUUAUAAGGAGUUCUACACGAUCAGUUGGUGGUCUGCGCCCGGCCGUUAUUUAUUUGGAUGUUAAUUAAUACUGGAAACAUUAAGGCAUGAACUGGAGCUGUCAAACUCAAAGUUGGCUUUAACACGACACGAAAGCAAACCAAAGUCUUCACGAGUUUGACAUCCACGUAACAGUUAGUGACAGGCUGAAAUUAAAUAUUUAAUUAUUAAUGCACAUGUGCCAUAAUAUCUACCCUACCGAUUCAAUAGAAGUUCUUUAAUUUUCUUUCUUAUCGAUUUAUUCGUGUAUACCUACUUACAUCUGGGGAUCGUGAAAACAGGAGCCACAAAUCAUUGUAAACUUUUUGAAUAUUAAUAUUUGUCGAAGUAACAUUGCAAACGAAAAGGUAUAUUUAAUUUUAAUACCUUCAUAAUUGCAUGGUUUCCGUAACUCCUGUUAACAAAAUAUCCAGUGCAACUUAAGAAUAUGAAGAGUCAAACAGUAUUACUUAAUUGUUUACGUAGUUACAAACCAUAAUAAUAUUAUUACUCAUGUUUGCAUUAGUGCAUUUGUGACGUACAACAAAAAAAUAUUUCGUCGUUUCAUAAAUGUAAAAUUUUUGAUAGUCUUUAGAUGUUUCUAAAGUAGACUUUUAAAAUUCACCUUUGUACGUAGUUCUAUCAAAUAAAGAUUGAUCGAAACUUUUAGACAAUAACUUUUACAACCUCUUAU